GGAAGCCAUCAAACAACAGGCUGCAUAGAGCAGCAUUGCAGGACAACCCUUUUCCACAAGGAGGAAGAAUUUGCUGUGCUCAGGUCCUCGUCUUUCAGUGGUGAUUCUGUGAUGCAAGUUCCCAGAGUUUCUCUUUCUGUGAUAAUCUUCUCUAUGGCCUCUUCUUGCUGACGUUUGCCCCGGUGUUGGGGCCAAAGAGGAAGGAUGCUGAAGAAUGGGUACCCCCGUUUUGGAUUUUAGAACAUGGGCACUUGUGUAAAGAUGCAGCUGUGAUCCUCGGCUGUGUGUCUCACCGAAGGGACCUGAUGUUUUACAUUAUUGGUGGGAUCACAGUAUCUGUGGUAGCUUUCUUCUUCACCAUUAAGUUCCUCUUUGAGCUUGCCGCACGUAUAGUCAGCUUCCUUCAGCAUGAGGACCGGGAACGCCGAGGGGAGCGAACUAUCUAUGACUACGUGCGAGGCAACUACCUGGAUCCCCGGUCCUGCAAAAUCUCCUGGGAUUGGAAGGACCCCUAUGAGGUGGGCCAUAGCAUGGCCUUCCGAGUGCAUUUAUUCUAUAAGAAUGGGCAACCCUUCCCUGCUCACCGGCCUGUGGGGCUGCGAGUUCACAUCUGCCAUGUGGAGCUAGCAAUUGAUAUUCCUGUAACCCAGGAAGUUCUUCAGGAGCCUAAUUCCAAUGUGGUGAAAGUGGCCUUCACUGUGCGCAGGGCUGGGAGAUACGAGAUCACUGUAAAACUCGGUGGCUUGAAUGUGGCCUACAGCCCCUACUACAAGGUGUUCCAGCCAGGUAUGGUGGUUCCCUCCAAAACCAAAAUUGUCUGCCAUUUCUCCACUCUGGUGCUGACCUGUGGGCAGCAGCACACUCUGCAGAUAGUUCCCAGAGACGAGUAUGACAAUCCCACCAGCAAUUCUGUGUCCCUUAUAGAUGAGCACAAUUACAGCCUCUCCAUCCAUGAGCUGGGUCCUCAAGAAGAAGAGAGCUCUGACGUUGUAUUUGAGAAGUCUGUGGUGUCCAAUCGGCAGACUUGUGAAGUGUUUUUCCGGCUCACCUUGCACUGUAGGGGCUGUUUCCACGCCUGCAUCUCCUACCAGAACCAGCCCAUAAGCAAUGGUGAUUUUGACAUCAUUGUUCUAAGUGAGAACGAAAAGAACAUUGUCGAACGCAAUGUGUCCACCUCAGGUGUCAGUAUUUACUUUGAAGCCUACCUUUACGAUGCUCCUAGUUAUACCAACACUCAAUGGCAACUUCCACCAACGCACCUGAGCUCCUCCCAGCGUCGCCCUUCUACUGCAACUGAGGAUGAAGAUGAGGAUUCUCCCUCUGACAGCCAAACCCCUGAGAAAGUGAAGAAACCUAAAAAAGUGUACUGCUAUGUGUCACCUAAGCAAUUCUCAGUGAAAGAAUUUUACCUGAAGAUCAUUCCGUGGCGCCUUUACACCUUUAGAGUGUGUCCUGGCACAAAGUUUUCAUACCUUGGUCCUGACCCUGUGCACAAAUUACUGACACUGGUGGUGGAUGAUGGGAUCCAACCCCCUGUGGAGCUCAGCUGCAAGGAGAGGAACAUCUUGGCAGCCACUUUCAUUCGCUCUCUGCAUAAAAACAUAGGAGGCUCAGAGACCUUCCAGGACAAAGUAAACUUCUUCCAGCGAGAGCUUCGUCAGGUGCACAUGAAAAGACCUCAUUCAAAGGUGACGCUGAAGGUCAGCCGGCACAGCCUGCUGGAGUCGUCUUUUAAAGCAACACGGAAUUUUUCUGUUUCUGACUGGAGCAAAAACUUUGAAGUGAUUUUUCAGGAUGAAGAAGCUCUGGACUGGGGAGGUCCACGCAGAGAGUGGUUUGAGCUCAUCUGUAAGGCGUUGUUUGAUACCACCAAUCAACUCUUUACCCGCUUUAGUGAUAAUAACCAGGCCUUGGUGCAUCCAAAUCCAGGGCGUCCCACAUAUUUACGACUGAAAGUAUAUGAAUUUGCAGGCCGCCUAGUAGGAAAGUGUCUUUAUGAAUCCUCUCUGGGAGGUGCUUACAAACAACUGGUCCGAGCUCGCUUCACCCGAUCCUUCCUGGCUCAGAUCAUAGGACUUCGUAUGCAUUACAAGUAUUUUGAAACAGAUGACCCAGAAUUCUAUAAAUCCAAAGUUUGUUUCAUACUGAACAAUGAUGUGAGUGAGAUGGAUCUUGUUUUUGCUGAAGAGAAGUAUAGCAAAACAGGACAGCUGGAGAAGGUGGUGGAACUGGUGACAGGAGGAGCCCAAGUACCAGUGACCAAUGAAAACAAAAUCUUGUAUCUAAACCUGCUUGCGCAGUACAGGCUGGCCAGUCAGGUCAGAGAGGAGGUGGAUCACUUCCUGAAAGGUCUUAAUGAAUUAGUUCCUGAGAACCUCCUGGCAAUUUUUGAUGAGAAUGAGCUUGAGUUGCUUAUGUGCGGUACUGGAGAUAUCAGUGUCUGUGACUUCAAGGCACACGCUGUAGUGGUAGGAGGAUCUUGGCACUUCCGUGAGAAGGUCAUGAGGUGGUUUUGGACUGUGGUCUCCAGUUUCACGCAGGAAGAGCUGGCCAGGCUCUUGCAGUUCACAACUGGUUCCUCCCAGCUGCCCCCAGGAGGCUUUGCUGCGCUCUGUCCAUCCUUCCAGAUCAUUGCGGCUCCAACUCACAGUACUUUGCCAACAGCCCACACGUGUUUUAACCAGCUGUGCCUCCCUACUUACGACUCCUAUGAAGAAGUGCACAAGAUGCUGCAGCUAGCUAUCAGCGAGGGUUGUGAGGGCUUUGGCAUGCUGUGAUUUCCCCUUUCCAGGAGACCACACUUAACCUCCUGGCUCUUCGUGGCAAGACCCGGGUUCAAUCCUCUGCUUGUUCUCCUUCCCUUCACAUGGGCAAUGGAGGCAGAGCAAAGACUCCGUAUAAAGGAAUUUGUCAUCCAGAAGAUGUCAUGUGGCCUUUCCGUAUUCCAAAUGUGUCAUCAAGAGCUCAUCUUUUCCCUUUCCCUCAUUCUCCCUUUGGUUCAGUCUGAAACAGCAGAAGGACUGUGAUGCAUUCAUCAGGGAGAUAUUGCACUUGAUUUCCCUGCACACUGUGCUCCUUUCCUUCUGUGAGAAGGUGAACUUCAUAAGCAGAAGUUACAGUGAGGUGCAGGAGAUGUGCUGAGCUGCCUUUAUUGUAGCUCUCUGGGAGGAAGAGGGAAGACCAGCAUGGAGCUCUCCUGGAAACCUGGCUCAUGGGAAGCCUUUGUAACUUUCCAUGUCUUGUCUCAGCUCCCCCAGUGAUGCUCCCCAAUAGCUCA